CCUAUUCUUGAAACUACUGAGGAGAAAGAUUGUAUAUUAAGUGUUGCCUCCACCAGGACCAGUAUGUCCAGUGGCAAUGAGACAACAGUGGCUCAUGAGCUGCAGGACAGCAGAUCUGGACCCGAGAAGGAGGGGAGGACCUGGAGCAGCAUUCAAACCUCCAUCUCCACUACUGAGGGGUCUGAAUUACACGCAUUCAUCAAGAUGAGGAACAAAGUGGACAAAGAUACUGAGGAAUGGGAGAAACUGAACUAUGAUAUCCACACUCUGAGGUGUGCUCGUAAAGAAGUUUGUACACGUUGGAAGAAGAUCUUGCUUCAGCUGGGUUACCAGAAGGAGGCAGACUCCUUACUGACAGUGAACAGACUGACUGUUCUGAAUGGCUGGGACAAUGUGGAGAAGGCCAGAGAUCUCCUGCGCAUAGUGUCAGAGGAGACGGACCUCUUCCCCCGUGGACUCAGCAACAGUGAAAGAUAUGUCUUUGUCAUGGAUCGACUGGUGUCUUUGGACAGUGCUGAAGACUUUGUGCGGUUGGCCAAAGAGAAAUAUCCAAGAAUUGAGUCUUGAGAUGGAAAGGAACUUCUAAGUUUGGACUCGUUUGCUCUCUUUGAUGCUUCUUCUGCAACUAUUUUUAUCAAUAAAUUCAUUG